AUGGCGUCCGCAAUUUUCUUCCUCGAUCUCAAGGGCAAGACGCUCCUCGCUCGAAACUACCGCGGAGACAUUCCCAUGAGCGCAGUCGAAAAGUUUCCCAUCCUACUCAGCGAAGCCGAAGAAGAAUCCAGCAGCGUGCCGCCUUGCUUCAGCGACGAUGGAAUAAACUACCUCUAUAUCCGACACAAUAAUCUUUACCUACUUGCUUUGACGAAGCGAAACAGCAACGCGGCGGAAAUCCUCCUGUUCCUACACCGGAUAGUUGAGGUAUUCACAGAAUACUUCAAAGAGCUGGAGGAGGAAUCGAUUCGAGACAACUUCGUCGUCAUCUACGAACUGCUGGACGAGAUGAUGGACUUUGGCUAUCCACAAACAACAGAGAGCAAGAUCUUGCAGGAGUACAUCACACAGGAAUCGCAUAAGCUAGAAGUGCAAGCGCGACCGCCGAUCGCAGUCACGAAUGCUGUGUCGUGGAGAAGCGAAGGCAUUCGAUAUCGCAAGAACGAGGUCUUCCUGGACGUUGUAGAGUCUCUCAAUCUGCUCGUCAGUAGCACGGGCAAUGUUUUGCGGUCUGAGAUUUUGGGUGCUAUCAAGAUGAAGUGUUAUCUCUCAGGUAUGCCCGAGCUGCGACUAGGACUCAACGACAAGGUCAUGUUCGAGACCACUGGCCGCGCAACGAGGGGAAAAGCAGUCGAGAUGGAGGAUGUAAAGUUCCACCAGUGUGUCAGGCUGUCGCGAUUCGAGAACGACAGGACAAUCUCGUUCAUUCCGCCGGACGGAGAAUUCGAGCUCAUGUCAUACCGCCUGAACACGCAGGUCAAGCCUUUGAUUUGGGUGGAGUGUAUUGUGGAGACACAUUCCGGGAGCCGGAUUGAGUACAUGUUGAAGGUAAGUUACGGCUCGUUGAUGAUGGGAAUGAAGACGGAUGCUAAUUAUUGCAGGCACGUGCCCAAUUCAAGCGCCGCAGCACAGCCAACAACGUGGAAAUCUCCAUUCCCGUACCCGACGAUGCAGACACGCCCCGAUUCCGGACAAAUAUCGGCUCUGUCCAUUAUGCCCCCGAAACCUCCUCCAUUGUAUGGAAGAUAAAGCAAUUCGGCGGCAGCAAGGAGUUCCUCAUGCGCGCCGAGCUAGGACUUCCGUCCGUAAAAGGAGACGAGGAGCGAGGAGGUGGAAUGAUGGGAGGUUUCGGUGGAUCGAUGGGUGGAGUUGGAGGUGUGGGAGGCAAGGCAAAGAGGCCGAUUAACGUCAAGUUUGAAAUUCCGUAUUUCACGACCAGUGGAAUUCAAGUGCGGUAUUUGAAGAUUAUCGAGCCGAAGGUGAGUGCUAUCAAAUACUGUAUGUCGACUUGUGACUUCAUGCUAACAACCCUGCAGCUCCAAUACCCUUCAUUGCCCUGGGUGCGGUACAUCACUCAGAGUGGUGAUAUCGCGGUUCGAUUACCGGACGUGCAAUGA